AUGGAGGUUAACAAAUCGCUGAUUUCAAGCCAUGUUUGGAGUAUUAUAAACAAUCGGCGUUCUUUGUGGGUUUCGUGGAUUCAUUCUUACAAGCUUAAAGGCUCUAGUUUUUGGGAGGUUAAAUGCUCCGCUAACCCGAGUUGGGGUUGGAGAAAGAUCCUUGCUAUUCGUAAUCUGAUUCGGCCUUAUGUUUGGAAGUCUAUUAAAAGCGGUCGUCAAACAAACGCAUGGAGUGAUAAUUGGAAUGCUUGCAGUCCACUCCGGUCCUUUAUAUCGCCUAGGCGUAUUGCUAAUGCAGGUUUCAAUCUGGGCUCGACAGUUGCGGAUUUAAUUGAUUCAAACGGUCAAUGGAAGUGGCCUGUGGCGUGGUAUGAUCUUUUCCCGGUACUAAUUAAUAUUCCACUUCCCACAUUAGUGGAUGAUAUGGCUGAUCGAUCAUGCUGGAAGGAUCAUGGGGGUAACCUUCAACAUUUCCACUCUUCCCAAGCUUGGGACUCUCUUCGGGUGAGAAAUGAUAAAGUUGAUUGGGUUGAUGCGGUGUGGUUUAGCCAGUGUAUUCCUAGACACUCGUUUCAUGUUUGGCUUGUUAUUCAGAAUAAGCUGAAGACGCAGGACAGGAUGUCCAUUGGGGAAGCGGGUAGUGCUACUAAUCUGGCCCUCAUGUGCUUUAGAGAAUCGGCUGAUAUGGGGAAUGUCAGUAACACUUGGGAUUCCGUUAUGGGCUGGUUGGUGAAUAGUGCUAACACGAGACAUCUUGGCGGUGUUGUAUGCAAGAUUCUGGUUGAAGAUAAUGGGAUUCAGGAUUAUGAAGCAUCCGGACCACAUGAAGAUUAUGGACCGAUGGCAGAUCUCGAAGAAGAAUUUAAUGGAGGACCCGGGCUAAGGAGGAUGUUCUUUGCUUUUUACGUUUAG